GACUAUUACAUCCACAAUCGUUUAAUCAAUAAUUGACCACAUUGUUUCGCAGUUGCGUCUUAUCAUCGAGUAAGAUCGGAUCUUUUCUAGGUGACGUAUUAUUGCGACCCUGUAUAUUUUUUUUCACUUGUAAUAUAAAACUAUCAUCGCAUAGUUAACAUCAGAGUCUCAAACUCUAUUUUUAAAGACAUUUCAUUUAACUUUAGCAAUUUUUUUCAAGCGAACGCUGUGAGAGAGAGAGAGGAGAAACAGUUGAAUAGAAAGAAAGAGAAUGAGUAACAGCUAGGGAGACGGGAUAACGCAGUUAAUGUCGCAUUACGCCACGGACUGCAUAAGAACGUGGAUCGUUUCGCGGUGUCUCAUUAAAGGAGAUCUCGGAAACCAGCAUGACGGAAACCAACGAGGAAGCCAGAAAACGGCGGGAAGAAUGCGAGAGAAAAGCGAGGCGGGGAGAGAUGGACCCGCGGUUGGAGUUCGCCUUCCAGCUCUUGAUGGAUGCGACGCAGCUGUCACGUCACGAAGUCAUGGACCACGUUUUCGAGGGUGACAUGUUGGAUGAGAUUAAUCAACUGUUCGUGCCGCAUAUGAGGUCAACUCUUGUCUGGUAUUAUCAAGAAGUCGAGGAGCCUGAACUUCCGAUUGAAACGGUGCAGCCGAAAGCUGUACCGUCCAGAUCAGUUCCGAACGCAACAGCGUCGAAAGUAAAGGAGCAAAAGGAACCGAAAGAACCGCCGAAAAAGAAGUUGUUUCUGACUGAUGGCUGGCAAGUGCCUUGCACAGGAAUUUGUAUUUACAUGUUCAGAAUCAGCGUUUCUAAGCAAUUGCCAGAGGAAGGAUUCCAAAAAGACCUUUACACAGGUGUGAUAGAUACGAUGAAGGUAGGUAUAAUACCUUCCAUUCAACGAAUAGUGGAGCAAGUAUUUAUGGAUGCGUUAGCACAUCCCGGCUCGGAAGGUGAAGAGGACUGCCCGAUGAUUAAAACUCUUCUGUUGCCGGGUUUGAGGUCCUUUUGCAGCGCUCUUAAAGUUUGCGAAAAGGUGGCGCUCGAAGGAACAAUAUUCAGCGACGGCGAACCGAUGAUGAUGGAAGUGCACAACUUCGAAGAGGCGAAAACCUUUGUGGCGAAGCAAAACGCCGUGGAACAAGUUGAGGAAAGAGUGAGAUACUGGAUAAAGAAACUCAAAGAUUUUAUGGCGGAGAGCAAACAAGUUAAAAGAGAGAACGACACUUCCGGACCGCAGCAAGAACUCGAAUAUUGGAAACGGCGAGGCGCCCAAUUUAGCCAACUGGUCAAUCGUUUGCAGGAUCACGAAGUCACCAUGUCACUUCUAUGCCUGCAAGUCGCACGUUCGAAGUUGAUCAAAGACUGGGUCGACGUAGAAGAUGAAGUGACUUACUGCUACAACGAAGCGAAAGAUAACGCAAAGUUCAUUCAAGCGCUAGAAAAAUGUUGUCAUUGUCUUUACCUUGACGAUCCCGUAAAAAUGCGAGAUUCUCUCGUAUCGUUAUUGCAAACUGUUCGAUUGAUAUACAGCGUCUCGAAAUAUUACAACACUUCGGAAAGAACUAGUUCGUUAAUGAUUAAGAUCACAAAUCAGAUGAUUGUCGCCUGUCGGGAUUACGUCACGAAAAGAGGCCGGGAAACGAUUUGGGGCCAAGAUCGAGUGGCCAUUCGAUCGAGAUUGAAACAUUGUCUACGUUUGAACAAAGCCUACAGAGAAACAUACAGACUAGUUCGGUGUUCGCCAGCAGUUACGGAACAAGAAUUCUCCUUCUCAGAAACUCACGUGUUCGGUCGAUUUGACGCGUUUUGUGCUCGAAUUCGCAAAAUUCUCACCAUGUUCGAUCUUAUACAGGAUUAUCGAACUCUCUUCGAAAGACGAAUGGAAGGACUGCUUCUUGGUGAAGCAUUAGACGAAGCUAUAAAAACUUUUGAAGAAAGCAAGAAGAUUGCAACCAGCAAAUCUUAUGAUUACUUGGAUCCAAGAAAUACCGAUUUUGAUACCGACUACGAUGACUUCAUGACAAAGACAAAUGUAUUGAAAGAGAAUAUUGGCGAGAUCAUUGAGAAGAAUUACGCUGAUGUUUGGGAAACACCACAGGGUAUACGGUUUCUAACAAGAUUCGAGAAGGUUAGUGAAAAGAUACCGCUCACAAAAUUGGAAGAAAAAUACAACAUUGUAGUGAAAUAUUGCGAUAGGGAAAUAGAUCGAAUACUAAAAUUGUUUAAACGACAAAGAGACGAUCCGCCAUUGCCGAGACACAUGCCACCUAUAGCUGGACGAUUGACUUGGGCGAAUUCGUUGAAAGUACAUCUGGAUGAAUUGACGGCGUCUGUAUCGAACCAUCCUGUUUUAAAGACGUUGCCACUAACUGCCGAUUUAAUUAAAAGAUACAAUCACGCCAUCGUUAUUAUGAAACAGUAUCAAACUGACAUUGCCGAGAUCUGGACGCAUCAAAAUUCAUGGGUCAUCGAGGAUUGUUUGAAGCAACCGUUGCUGAUAGUUGACGAAAAGACCGCGAAAGUUAAGGUCAACCUGGAAAACCGAGUUGUUCUCUUGUUUCGUGAAGCCGAUUGUUUGGCAAAAAUAAAUUUGGAAAUUCCAAUCGUUGCAUUAACAAUACUAGCGAAGAGAGAUUAUUUCACGCUGAUCACAGACUCUCUACAACUUAUGAUCGAAGAGUUCGUUUCUACCGCCAAGCGCGUGAAACUGGAGGUUCGUCCGCUAUUGUUGCCACACCUGGUUUGUGUCGCAUGUUUAUUGGAACCCGGUUUGACAACACUGACGUGGACUAAACCAAAUUGGAAAGAGUUUUGUCAAAAUACAAAAGAACAAAUUAAAACGUUCGACAUACUUAUCACGAGAGUUCACGAUGUGUACGACAACAGAAUAUUGCAAGUGUUGGCGAGUAUGCAGAAAGUAACUUUACACGCUCUUCCCGAAUCCGAUCAGCCGUGGACGAUAGAGGAAUUCGUGGAGAAAAACGGUGAAAUAUGUAGAACGGCAGCGAUAGAUCUGCAUCGUAAGAGCACGAUGGUCGAGGAAGCGGUGGAAGAAGUAUUGCAGCUCGUUAGGAAGGCCACUGAUAGCUUCAAAAGCACCGCCUCCCACCAGUUCGAUUUUCUUGCCAGUGAAAAAGCAGAAGGAGAGGAAACGACGGAGCAAACUGUUCAACAAGACUGGUCCGUGGUGUGGAAUUACUUCGACGACCCUCAUCAAUUACUUACGACGCCCGGCACUUUACCCAAAGACAUGCAGGAAAUGGUUCGAAACGCGGUAUCCGAGAUGAGAAGAUAUUAUUCCAGGAAGAUCGUGGACGUGUUAACAAAAGUUACUAGAGUAUCUCUGGAUGUAAUCAGAAGACGAUUUAUUCGAGAACUUGAUUCGGAGGCCACUCCGAACCCAGUGUUUUUAUUACACGCAACGCUCAUGAUUCCGGCGGUAACGGUCAAGCCAAGCCUGGACGACGUUCAGGAAGCACUUACGUCAGUUGGAAAAAUUAUUACUGACGUUGCUAAGGGAGUGGCACAAUGGAAUUCAAGAAGCAACAAGAAUAUGUGGAAAAGUCUGUCCUAUUCGUCGAAACAAAAUCUGGCGGAAGUUGUAUUGCGAACCCACACCAAUGUCACGAAACAGAAGCAGGAAGAACCGGAAGACUCGAAAACAAGAAGACGAAGGCUUUACAAAAUUCUCUCAGAGGAGAGACCUGUAUUUCCGGUUCAAGAAAAAAAUUUCUACGCCAUGGUUAUGGACAACAAAGAAAUUAUUAAACUUUUGGGCAUGCUGAGCACUUGCAUACUAGAAUUACGACAGGAUUUGACAGAAUUUCUCGAUCGUUGGAAACCGUAUAAAUUUCUGUGGAAAAACGAUCGCAAUGUGCGAGAGUUGCUUCAGAUCUCUCUGUCGGAAUUCGAAUCCACUCUCCGCAAACACAGCGAACUCGAAGAUCGAUUGGCCAUCGAACCGGACAUGAUUAUAUUUGGCACGUCAAUUGCUGUAUCGACAGAGAAAUUGAAGUAUGGUCUUUAUACGGAAAUCAAAGGUUGCACGCACAAGAUCGGCCAAGCAAUGAAGAAAAAAUACCGUCGCGAAAUGGAAUACGUUUACGCGCUGAUAAACGAAAUGGACCGCAAGCUGGAUCAUCAGAUUCGCGAUCUGGACGACGUACGUCUCAUUAUGGACACCCUGAAGAAGAUCCGCGAGCAGGAAGUCGACAUGGAGCUGAAGAUAGAUCCGAUCGAGGAAGCUUUCAACAUAGUUACCAGAUACGAGGUGCCCGUGGACCAGGAAUGUCUGGAACAGGUCGAUAACUUGAGAGACACCUGGCAGAAAUUACUGGCCCGAGCGCAAGAGAGUCACGUGUUGUUGUUGAAUCUGCAACCGCAGUUCGAGAACGAUCUGAGAAACAAUCUCGAGAGAUUCCGCAUCGACAACGAGAUGUACUGCGAAGAGUACAGGUCGUCCGGACCUAUGCAGCCUGGUUUGAGUCCGCGCGAAGCUUCGGACAGACAAAUAUUGUUCCAAAACAGAUUCGACGGUAUGUGGCGAAAGCUGCAAACCUAUCAGAGCGGUGAGGAACUUUUCGGUUUACCCAUCACGGAUUAUCCGGAACUUUCACAGAUCAGAAAGGAGCUGAACUUACUACAAAAGUUGUACAAACUGUACAACGAUGUCAUUGACAGAGUCAGCAGCUAUUAUGAUAUUCCGUGGGGCGAGGUUAAUAUCGAAGAGAUAAACAACGAACUGAUGGAAUUUCAAAACCGUUGUCGCAAGUUGCCGAAGGGUUUGAAGGAAUGGCCGGCGUUCUUCGCGCUGAAGAAGACGAUCGACGACUUCAACGACAUGUGUCCUCUUCUCGAGCUGAUGGCGAACAAGGCUAUGAAACCGCGUCAUUGGCAGAGAAUCGUGGAAGUCACGGGAUACUCUUUUGAUCUGGAGAGCGAAGGUUUUUGUUUGAAGAACAUACUUGAAGCGCCGCUUCUGAAGAACAAAGAAGACAUCGAGGAUAUCUGUAUAUCGGCGAUGAAGGAAAAGGACAUCGAGGCUAAACUGAGAACGGUGGUUAACGAGUGGUCGUCCCACGAGCUCACCUUCAUGACGUUCAACAACAGGGGCGAAUUGUUGUUGAGAGGAGACACGACCGCGGAAACUAUCAGUCAGCUGGAAGACAGCCUGAUGGUUCUCGGCUCGCUAAUGUCGAAUCGAUAUAACGCUCCUUUCAGAAAGCAGAUACAACAAUGGCUUUCGGAUCUGUCCAACACGAACGAGAUUCUCGAGAGAUGGUUGCUCGUGCAGAAUAUGUGGGUCUAUCUCGAGGCGGUUUUUGUGGGUGGCGAUAUCGCGAAACAAUUGCCGAAAGAGGCCAAGAGAUUCAGCAAGAUCGACAAGAGCUGGCAGAAGAUCAUGCAACGUGCUCACGAAACGCCAGGAGUUGUGCCCUGCUGCGUAGGAGACGACUUGCUGAAGCAGCUUCUGCCGCAUUUGCAGGAGCAACUGGAGUUGUGUCAAAAGUCUCUGAGCGGCUAUUUGGAAAAGAAGCGCAUGAUGUUCCCAAGAUUUUUCUUUGUUUCCGAUCCCGCGCUGUUGGAGAUACUCGGCCAAGCAUCCGAUUCUCACACUAUACAAAAUCAUCUGCUUUCUAUUUUCGACAAUACACGCUACGUAAAGUUUCACGAUAUCGAAUAUAAUAAAAUGACGGCUAUUGUCUCGUCAGAAGGUGAGACUAUACAGCUUGAGAAAGCAGUAAGAGCGGAGGGUUCCGUGGAAACGUGGUUGAUGCAAUUGCUUCAAACAUCGCAGCUUUCUUUGCAUUCCAUCAUUCGUCAGUGCUACAGCAGCAUUAACGACGCGAAUUUCAAUCUGUUGAACUUUCUCGACAAGAUGCCCGCUCAGAUAGGACUGUUGGGCAUACAAAUGAUUUGGACGCGAGAUGGCGAGGUGGCCUUGGCUCAAGCUCGCGCGGAUAAAAAAAUCAUGAUCGAAACGAACAACAAGUUUCUCGAUCUUUUGAACACUUUGAUCGAUCAGACUACGAGAGAUCUUACUAAGAUAGAACGAAUCAAGUUCGAAACGCUUAUCACCAUACAUGUGCAUCAACGUGACAUCUUCGAUAUAUUGUGCCGUCUAAAUGUGCGAUCCGUGAAUGACUUCGAAUGGUUGAAGCAAUGCAGAUUUUAUUUCAAGGAAGAUCUGGACAAAACGUCCAUAUUAAUCACAGAUGUUCAGUUUACUUAUCAAAAUGAAUACUUGGGAUGUACCGAGCGACUGGUUAUUACGCCACUAACCGACAGAUGUUACAUCACUUUAGCUCAAGCCCUGUCAAUGUCAAUGGGAGGAUCUCCUUGCGGCCCCGCAGGAACCGGAAAAACUGAAACCGUAAAAGAUAUGGGAAAAACUUUGGCAAAGUAUGUUGUAGUGUUCAACUGCUCCGAUCAAAUGGAUUAUCGGGGAUUGGGUCGCAUCUACAAAGGAUUGGCGCAAAGUGGUUCGUGGGGUUGUUUCGACGAAUUCAACAGAAUCGAACUGCCCGUUCUGUCUGUUGCGGCUCAGCAAGUUGCUGUAGUGCUCGCCGCGAAGAAAGAAAAAAAGAAACAAUUUGUCUUCACCGACGGGGAUCAAAUCGAGAUGUGUCCGGAGCUUGGAAUUUUUAUAACUAUGAAUCCUGGUUAUGCGGGAAGGAAAGAACUGCCGGAGAACUUGAAGAUACAGUUUCGCACGGUGGCUAUGAUGGUGCCUGAUCGACAGAUCAUCAUACGUGUAAAGUUAGCUAGUUGCGGAUUUCUGGAGAACAUUACUCUCGCUCGCAAAUUUUAUACUCUCUACAAAUUAUGCGAAGAACAAUUAACCAAACAGGUGCACUACGAUUUCGGUUUGCGAAAUAUAUUAUCCGUAUUAAGAACUCUGGGAGCAGCCAAGAGAGUCAAUUCUAAAGAUUCAGAGAGUACAAUCGUCAUGCGUGUUCUACGCGACAUGAAUCUUUCGAAACUAAUAGACGAAGACGAGCCACUUUUCAUAUCUCUCGUGGCUGAUUUGUUUCCCAACCAGGCUCUGGAGAAGACAUCAUAUCCCGAAUUGGAAACGGCUAUCAGCGAACAGGUCGAGCAAGCCGGACUAGUUUAUCAUGCGCCGUGGGUACUGAAAUUAAUACAGCUUUACGAGACGCAACGGGUAAGGCACGGCAUCAUGACAUUGGGUCCGACCGGUGCUGGCAAGAGUACUUGCAUACACAUCUUGAUGAAAGCAUUGACGCAAUGUGGCAAUUCUCACAGGGAAAUGAGAAUGAAUCCCAAAAGUAUAACAGCCGCUCAGAUGUUCGGUCGUCUGGAUGUAGCUACCAACGAUUGGACGGACGGAAUUUUCUCAGCUUUGUGGCGCAAAACGUUGAAACUGAAGAAAAACGAGCACGUGUGGCUGGUGCUCGACGGUCCCGUUGAUAGCAUUUGGAUAGAGAAUUUGAAUUCCGUACUGGAUGAUAAUAAAACGUUGACUUUAGCCAAUGGUGAUAGAUUGUCAAUGGCGCCUACGUGCAAAAUUAUUUUUGAACCGCACAAUAUUGAUAAUGCAAGUCCCGCGACUGUUUCGCGAAACGGCAUGGUGUACAUGAGUUCCUCAGGAUUAGAUUGGAAUCCUGUUGUUACCGCUUGGCUGAAAUCGCGAUCGUCGUUGGAACAAGAAGUGCUUGAACAGAUGUUCGCAGACUCUUUCGCACAGAUCUAUUCAUGGAGCACCCAGACAUUAGUGCUCGCUAUCGACGUCUUGCAAUGCAAUAUAGUGAGACAAAUGCUUUGCCUGCUUGAAGGCCUGAUACCCGCCGAAACAUCAGUGGAAGAAACCGAAGAAAACGCGGAUGAAGACGCAGAAAACGACAAACCUCAUCCCUUAACGGCAGAAUAUUUGAAACGUCUUUACGUGUUUGCGUUAGUGUGGGGCAUAGGAGCGUUGCUGGAAACAGCUGACAGACAAAAGUACGACAAGUAUCUGCGAGAAAACUUCGAUACCUUGGACCUUCCGACUUCCGAGAAAUAUUUAGACGCUACAGUGUUUGAUUUUUUUGUCAAUGACAAAGGCGAGUGGGACACGUGGACAAGCAUGGUAACCAAUUACGUCUACCCUGAAUAUUCGACGCCCGAUUACAGCAAUGUUUUGGUGCCUAUACCCGAUAACGUGAGAAUUCAACAUCUGAUCGAUUUGAUUGGUCGUCAGGAUAAAGCUGUGUUGCUCAUAGGCGAGCAGGGAUCCGCCAAAACUGUUAUGAUGAAGUCGUAUAUGAAAAAGGCGAAUCCAGACACAACUUUGAGUCGUUCCUUCAAUUUCAGCUCAGCGACCAGUCCGUAUCAGUUUCAGAAAACCAUCGAGAGUUACGUGGAGAAGCGCCUGGGAAAUACAUUUGGACCGCCAGGCGGCAAAAAGAUGUUGAUUUUUAUCGACGAUGUAAAUCUGCCGCAGAUCAAUGAGUGGGGCGAUCAAGUGACCAACGAAAUUGUUCGCCAAACUAUGGACAUGAAGGGAUUUUAUUCUCUGGAAAAACCCGGUGACUUCACUUCCAUUGUCGACGUAACAUUUCUAGCGGCCAUGUGUCAGCCUGGCGGUGGAAGGAACGACAUUCCUUCAAGACUCAAACGUCAAUUUUGUAUAUUCAAUUGCACGCUACCUGACAACGCGUCGAUCGACCGAAUUUUCAGUGUCUUAGGCGAAGGUCACUACAAUGUCAAGAGAGGAUUCUCGCAAGAUAUACGUCAACUUGUUAAGAAAAUGGUUCCUCUGACCAGAAUACUCUGGGAAAAAACCCGCAUAAAGCUGCUACCGACUCCUGCGAAGUUUCAUUAUGUCUUCAGUCUUCGAGAUCUCUCAAGAAUCUGGCAAGGAAUGGUCGGUACAUUGUCGACGGUCAUUGACAAGGAUAGCGUAUUGAUGCUACUUUGGAAGCACGAAUGUACGCGGGUGUUCAGUGACAGAUUCACGCUACAAAGCGACAAAAAUUGGUUUGAUGAAGAAGUAAUUCGUGUCGUAGGUGAUAUUUUAGGAGAGAAGUACGUGAACAUGCUGGAUAAGGAUCCUGCAUUUGUCGAUUUUAUGAGAGAUGCUCCAGAACCAACCGGUGAGGAAGGUGAAGACGCGGAUGUGGAACUUCCCAAGGUGUAUGAACCUGUUUACAAUCCUCAAGUGUUGCAAGAGAGAUUAGAUAUGUUUCUAGCGCAAUUCAACGAAAUGCAAAGAGGUGCUGGAAUGGAUCUAGUAUUUUUCCCUGACGCCAUGUUGCAUUUAGUAAAAAUAUCUAGAGUUAUAAGACACCCGAAGGGCAACGUGAUGUUAGUAGGUGUCGGCGGAUCUGGCAAACAGAGUCUUACAAAGCUGUCCUCCUUUAUUGCCGGUUACAAAACGUUCCAAAUCACUUUGACAAGAUCCUAUAACGUAGCAAAUUUCUUAGAAGAUCUCAAAUUUUUAUAUCGUACCUGUGGCGCUCAGGGAAAAGGCACAACGUUUAUAUUCACCGAUUUGGAUAUCAAGGAGGAAGGAUUUCUUGAAUAUCUGAACAAUAUUCUAAGCUCUGGAGUUAUCAGCAACUUAUUCACGCGUGACGAGCAAGCGGAGAUUAUUUCAGAAUUAACACCUAUCUUGAGACGAGAAAAUCCAAAAAAAACUCUUAAUAACGAACUGGUGAUGGAUUUCUUUCUUCAAAGAACUUGUCAGAAUCUGCACGUUGUUUUCUGCUUUUCUCCCGUAGGUGAGAAGUUUCGGAAUCGCGCGCAGCGUUUCCCGGCGCUCAUUUCGGGCUGCACUAUAGACUGGUUUCAACCGUGGCCCAAGGACGCUUUGAUUUUGGUUGCGAAACAUUUUCUUCAUGAUUUUGAAAUCGCCUGUACUAGCGACGUAAAAGCUGAACUGGUAAACGCGCUCGGUUCCAUACAGGAUAUUGUUUCGGAAACGUCUGUCGAAUACUUCCAAAGAUUUCGACGCGCUACUCACGUGACUCCGAAGUCGUAUUUGAAUUUUAUCGGUGGAUACAAAAAUAUCUAUCGAUCUAAGCAACACGAGCUCGGCGAAGGAGCCAAGAGAAUGGAUACUGGUUUAGCAAAACUUGAAGAGGCGUCCAUAUCAGUUGAGAUUCUCAAGAAAGACUUGGCCGUAAUGGAGAAAGAACUAGUUCAAGCAUCCGAGAAAGCCGAGACAGUACUCUUGGAGGUAACAGAAAGAGCUAUGCAAGCUGAAGCUUUCAAGAAUCAAGUGCAAAAAGUGAAGGAAAAAGCGGAGCAACUGGUAGCUUGCAUAGCUGAUGAAAAAGCGUUGGCCGAGCAAAAGCUGGAAGCUGCAAAACCGGCAUUAGAAGAAGCGGAGGCUGCUUUAAACACCAUCAAACCUGCUCACAUAGCAACAGUGAGAAAAUUAGGUAGACCACCUCAUCUCAUAAUGAGAAUCAUGGACUGUGUGUUGAUUCUGUUUCAACGUAAAAUCGGGUCUGUUGUGCCCGAUACUGCCGCCCCUUGUCCUAAACCUUCAUGGGCGGAGUCUUUGAAACUCAUGGCUAGUACGACGUUCUUAUUGCAAUUGCAAAAUUAUCCAAAAGAUAUAAUCAAUAACGAAAUAAUCGAGUUACUACAGCCUUACUUCAAAAUGGAGGAUUACAACAUGGAAACAGCUAGGCGAGUUUGCGGCGACGUGGCUGGUUUAUUAUCGUGGACCAAGGCCAUGGCAUUUUUUCACUCCGUCAACAAGGAAGUACUUCCGUUGAAAGCCAAUUUGGCACUGCAGGAAGCACGAUUGAAGCUCGCCAUGGAAGAUCUGGCGAACGCUGAGAGAGAGUUAUCCGAGAGAGAGAUGGCUCUGCAGGCAGUUAAAGAGCAAUACGAUAACGCCGUAACGGAGAAGCAAAGAUUAACGGAAGCCGCGAACGUGUGCCUGAGAAAGAUGACGGCAGCUACCGCUCUGAUAAACGGAUUAGGCGGCGAGAAGAUACGGUGGACCGAGCAAAGCGGAGAUUUUAAGAUUCAACUAGGACGUUUAGUGGGAGAUGUGCUGUUGGGAACUGGAUUCUUAUCAUAUUGCGGACCUUACAAUCAACAGUUUCGCGCAAGUUUAGUAACCGCGUGGAUGAACAUACUGACCAUCAAGUCUAUACCUUUCACUAAGAAUCUAAAUAUAACAAAUAUGCUCGUCGAUUCCGCAACAACGUCGGAAUGGACGCUGCAGGGAUUGCCGAACGACGAGUUGUCCGUGCAGAAUGCGCUUAUCGUCACCAAAUCUUCGUCCUAUCCACUUCUUGUGGAUCCUCAGAAUCAAGGUAAGAUGUGGAUCAAGAAUAAAGAGAGCACCAACGAGUUGCAGAUCACUUCGCUGAAUCAUAAAUACUUUCGGACUCAUCUUGAGGACAGUCUUUCACUGGGUAGACCGUUGCUGAUCGAGGACGUCGCGGAAGAGCUCGAUCCCGUACUGGACAACGUACUCGAGAAGAAUUUCAUUAAAUCAGGCUCCAUCGAGAAGGUCAUAGUCGGGGAUAAGGAGUGCGACGUGAUGCCGGGAUUUAUGUUGUACAUUACCACGAAGUUGCCAAACCCAGCGUACAGCCCGGAAAUAUCCGCAAAGACAUCGAUUAUCGACUUUACCGUGACAAUGUUAGGUCUGGAAGAUCAGCUGUUGGGUCGAGUGAUACUUAUGGAAAAAGCCGAUCUUGAAGCGGAGAGAGUCGCUUUAUUCGAAUCGGUCAUGACCAAUCAGCGUUCGAUGAAAGAUCUCGAAAGUACACUGUUACACAGACUCACGUCUUCGGAGGGCUCUUUGGUCGACGAUGAAGCGUUAAUAACCGUUCUUCAAGAAACCAAGACCACAGCCGAAUCGGUGAAUGAAAAGCUGCAAGUGUCAGCACUUACCGAGAAGAAGAUUACUCUGGCACGCGAGGAAUUUCGCGCAGUCGCGGCAAGAGGAUCCAUCUUAUAUUUCCUGAUCGUUGAAUUGAGCAACGUUAACGUGAUGUAUCAAAAUUCGUUGAGACAAUUUCUGACAAUCUUCGACAACUCGAUCACAAAAUCUACAAAGAGUCCCAUUACUUCCGAGCGAAUAAACAUAAUUCUGCGACAUCUCACGUACGAAGUGUGGGCGUUCACUCUGAGAAGUCUCUACGAGAGACACAAAUCUCUAUUUACGCUGAUGCUAGCCAUGAAGAUAGACUGUCACAAAGAUGUGAUUUCUCACGCAGAAUUCAACGCCUUCAUAAAGGGCGGCGCGUCCUUGGAUCUCAACGCGGUGACGCCAAAACCGUUUAAGUGGAUACUUGAUAUAACGUGGCUGAAUUUAGUCGAGAUAAGCAAACUGGAGGUGUUCUCGGAUAUUUUGACGAAAAUCGAGUUUAGCGAAAAGGAAUGGAGAGUAUGGUACGAGAAGGAGAAACCGGAGGAGGAAGACUUACCUUGCGGAUAUCAAAAGAGUCUCGAUGUGUUUCGCAAAUUACUGCUCAUCAGAUCGUGGAGUCCGGACAGAACGCUGUCCCAGGCAAGAAAGUACAUCGCCGAAUCAUUGGGCAAAGAAUACGGCGAGGCCAAAAUAUUGGACUUGGAAGCAACGUGGCUGGAAUCCGAGCCUAGGUCGCCACUUAUAUGUUUGUUAUCUAUAGGAUCCGACCCGAGUCCUCAGAUUACAGCUCUUGCUAAACAGAAAACGAUCUCAUUAAAUUCGGUAUCUAUGGGACAAGGUCAAGAGUUUCACGCUCGGAGAAUGAUCAACGAAGCUAUGAGCACGGGCGGUUGGGUUCUCUUGCAGAAUAUUCAUCUAUCGUUACCUUUUUGCACGGAAGUGAUGGACGCUCUUGUCGAAACCGAAACUGUUCACGAAGUGUUCAGACUCUGGAUGACAACCGAAGUGCACGCUCAGUUUCCCAUCGGCUUACUGCAGAUAGCAAUAAAAUUCACAAACGAACCACCUCAGGGCAUAAGAGCUAGCUUGAAGAGAACUUAUCAAGCUACGACUCAGGACGCGUUGGAUUACAGUACUCAAUCGCAGUGGCCACCCCUGUUAUACGCUGUUGCGUUUUUACACACCGUAGUGCAGGAAAGAAGAAAAUUCGGCCCGCUCGGCUGGAACAUACCUUACGAGUUCAAUCAGGCUGACUUUGCAGCGUCGGUUCAAUUUAUACAAAAUCACCUUGACGAUAUGGAUCCUAAAAAGGGGGUUUCCUGGCCGACUGUCUGCUACAUGCUCGGAGAGGUUCAAUACGGAGGUCGAGUUACAGACGACUUUGACAAACGGUUGUUAACAACGUUUACACACGUCUGGUUUUGUGACGUGCUCUUGCGACCGGGCUUCGAAUUUUUUCGCGGAUACAAAGUUCCUCAAACGAGAAAUCUUCAGGGAUAUAUAGAUUACAUUGACAGUCUACCGGCUACCGAUACGCCGGAAGUGUUUGGAUUACAUCCAAAUGCCGAUAUCACGUAUCAGAUCAACACGGCAAAGGGAAUACUUGAUACUAUUCUCAGUGUGCAACCGAAAGAGGGUGGCGCACAGGGAGGUGAAACCAGAGAGAAUGUCGUGUACAAAUUAGCCGACGACAUGCUCUCGAAAUUACCUAAACAAUAUAAUUCCUUUGAGGUAAAAGAGGCACUUCAAAGAAUGGGACCGUUGAUGCCAAUGAAUAUUUUUCUGAGACAAGAAAUAGAUCGCAUUUCGAGAGUUAUUAAAGAGGUACGAGGUACUUUGACGGAUUUGAAAUUAGCUAUUGAGGGUACUAUCGUGAUGAGUCAAGGUCUGCGAAAAUCAUUAGAUGCGAUGUAUGACGCGCGUAUUCCCGAAAAGUGGUUAAAAAUAUCUUGGGAAUCGGCGACGUUAGGUUUCUGGUAUACGGAACUCUUGGAGAGAGAUUAUCAGUUUAGACAAUGGUGCUGUCAUGGUCGUCCGAAAGUAUUUUGGAUGACGGGAUUUUUUAACCCACAGGGAUUUUUAACGGCAAUGAGACAGGAAGUAACUCGAGCACAUAAAGGAUGGGCUUUAGACUCUGUGGUUUUGCAAAACGUAAUUACUCGUUACAACAAGGAGGAUAUUAAAAAUCAGCCGCAAGAAGGAGUCUACGUUCAUGGCUUGUUUUUGGAAGGUGCGUCGCUCGAUCGAAAAUCGGGGAAGCUUAUUGAGAGCAGACCGAAAGUUUUGUACGAACAAAUGCCAGUUAUUUAUAUUUUCGCGAUAAACACAACCGCUGGCAAAGAUCCCAAAUUGUACGAAUGUCCUAUAUAUAGAAAACCUCAAAGAACGGACGCAAAAUAUGUGGGUUCUAUCGAUUUUGAGACGGAUUAUAAUCCUCGUCAUUGGACACUUCGAGGUGUAGCUCUGUUGUGCGAUAUCAAAUAAAGAUAUAAAAUGU